AAUCAACAAACAAUACGAAGUUGCUUAGAUUUGGGGUUAUUUAAGCAAGACUUUGCUUAUUUUGUCACUCAUUUGUUCUGGUGGUUGAAGGAAGUUUAUAUUGUAUAUAUGCUCACAAGCUCUCCGUGCAUUAUAAGAUCAUUUCAACAAAAGUCAUCUUUUAAUCCUGUCAUGUCUCAAGUUUUAAUUGCAGUUUCACUAUGCUGUUUAUUCUAUCAAGGUUCUGCUCACCAACUUCAGUAUUCACAUUCUCCAACAUAUGACUUUUUACAGUAUAUUGCUAAGACGAUUGAUAAUAAGUUUCAUGGUGAUGUAGUAUCAACUGAAGACAGAACAGGUGAAUUGGAGACACCAUACGUAUCAACAAGGGACCAUGACAUGGACAAAAGACAAUAUGAGAUGCUGUCUGAUCCAUGUGCUGAGGACGUAAGACAUGAACGAUUAUUCAACCUCCAGAACAAGAAAGGAGAACCUCGAGAGUUUGCUCCUGACUUCAGAGUAUAUAUCUACACAUGUCGGAAUUCAGGCUCCUCAUGCGCUGGUCUGCAAGCCCCACCUGCUGUGCGGGAAAUCCGGAAGACUGUUUGCAAGGAGCGGAUGGGCUGGAUCCUGGCCCGAGUCGGGAACCCUAAUGACAAGAGCAAUGCUUUCACCUAUGAGAUGGUAGGCCCAGUACCACGAGGUUGCUUCUGUGGCAUCAGAACAGCUUAGAUGAUCAUUGUACCAGAGAAGGACCAACAGAACCAUGGACCACAUAGAGGGUUGUUCUAAAAAAUGCCACGAUUCAUUGUCCCAUCCAUGUUUUGGCCUGUAACAUUGCAAUCUUGCAUGAUUUCUGUUCGGAUUUUUUUCUAGUAGUAACAUGGGUAUCUGGCCAAGACACCACUACUCGAUGGCCGGUGAUGCUUCAGCUUGAAAAUAUUAUACAAAUAAUGAAUGUUCAUGAGUAAAUGGACAGAAUACUUCAUGAGGUGGAAGAUAAAAUGAUCCAUUCAGCGAGGCAUAGCCGAGUUGAAUGGAUCAUUCAUUUCAUCUUUCACCAAAUGAAGUAUUCUGUCCAUUGCACGAAUGAAAAGAACAUUCAUUAUUUGGUUUAUAUGACACCUAAAAAAAUUAUUUUGUGUAUGAAAUUUAUCAAUUUCGAUGCAAAAUAUGAUCAUGCAGUGCGGGCUCGGUCUGUUUAUUGUCGCAUACAUACAACAUACGCACUGCAUGCAAACACGAGUGGUUUUACUUGUGGUGCUUGGAGUCUCAGUGCGCGCAUGCAAUGGACAGAAUCGUAUGGAUCCAAAAUUGCACGAUGAAUGGAUACAAAAUUGCAGUUGAUGACAUCAUUGUAAAUGGGCUGAAUGAUCGAUAUCAAACAACCAAUCAAAUGACAAGGAUCUAUCUAGGUGUCAUAUAAAGAUGAACAACUCUUUAACAUUCGUGAAAGAAACAUCCAUAACAAAAUCAUUCGAUUUUCAGUCAUAUUCUGAUAUAUCUUGCAUUGUUCUGUUGAUUAUGUUUGAAAAAUAACAUGGAUGGAUAGCCACUGCUCCACAUGGGUGAUUGAUGGCCAGUUUAGCUUGACUAUUCAAGUAAGUUUCAAACACCCCAAAACAUCAAUUUCCGUUACACAAUCAUUUUUAAUUUUCAUCAAUAUUCAGAAAUAUCUUGAAUAGUUUUAAAUUUUGUGUGAACAAUGACAGGAUUGGAAGGCCAUUACAACAUCUGUGUGCUUUGGCUUGACAUGUGAACAAGUGUGUUAACUUCCAUAACAUUAACAUUUGUAACAAAAUCUUUUAAAAUAUGCAUUUAUAUUCGGAUCUGGGAAUUGCUGGUUACUGCAAAUAGAUGCAGUGAGCAGAUUUUUAAAUUUCGUGUUCAUUAAUUCUUGUGAGGGUGUGUGGCCAAGGGCUGCAAGAUGGUUGAGUCAUGAAUCACAUUUUCUUGAGAAUGACCCUGGGAUAUUUCUAUGACAUUGAGUACUAUUAUUUUAUAACUCAUUCUUCUGCAUUAUGGCAGAAGUCAUUACACUGACUUUGGUCAGUGAUAUCAAGUCAAGCGUGCAAAAAAAUUCAUGGAGGAUGAAAAAAAAUAUCCAUCACAAACUGUUUAAUGUGCUUUACAAUGAAGCUACUAGCAUCAUCAGAAACCAUAAGGGACAAAAUGUAAUUUCUAACUUCAUUGUCCUAUGUUGGUUUGGGGUGUCAUUUCUAAACUUGUCCCCAUGUGCUAUUUUUCUGUUUUUUCUAAAAUUCUCCAUUGCAUUACUUAAUGUGUGUGUUGUACUUAAAUAUGAAGUGUCAUAUCACAAUGAUGCUUUGUUGCAUUUUUAACACCUCAAUUGCAAGAUAGUGCACCUUUGUACAAUUUUACUUCAGUACAAACAAAAAAAUUAACGAGCAUUUUGUGUACUACAGAAAUAACUAUUCUAAAUGGAUCAUUGAAAAUGUUGAGCACAUUGGGCACCAGAUUUUGCCAUACAUUUCGCAUAAUGGAAGCCUUUCGGUCACCAUUUUUAUCAAUUAAAAUUUUCCAACUUGCCAAUGACUUAAGCUCAAUAAUGUGUCUGCAAUAUUUGUAUAAGAAACCAGCUUAAAGAAGAACAAGUGUGUAAAGAUGACUAGAUGAGUCAAUUAAGACAUUGUCAAUGAAUAAAAAACAAUUAACAUGAAA